GUAGUGCGUGUCGCUGGCUGCUGUAUACAUCCACGGUGUGUAGUAUAGUAGUGGACUGGACUGCCGGCCGGGUCUGGACAAGCAUUCACUUAACAGUCUUUAUGUGGCCGUGACUCAACGAUCAACCAUGUUCUUAUUCCCGCCCGGUCGAUCGCUACUCUUUUUAUCGUGUGUUUUUUAUAGUGUUUUAUCUCCUGUGGCUUCGUGGGACACCGACCUAGAGCUCUUUGAUCUGGUGGAAGAAAUCCCACAGACCUUCUACCAGUUCCUCUCCGUGGACAAGGAUGCCACGCCGGUGGAAAUCAAGAAGGCCUACCGGCGUCUCACGCUCACCCUCCAUCCAGAUAAGAACAAGGAUGAGAACGCAGAGAGCCAGUUCAGACAACUGGUGGGAAUCUAUGAAGUCCUGAAGGAUGAGGAGAGGAGAAUGAGGUACGAUGACAUCCUGGUGAACGGCCUGCCGGACUGGAAGCACCCAUUCACCCUGUACCGCCGGGUGAGGAAGAUGAGCAACGCAGAGCUGGGCUUCCUCCUCUUCCUCAUCCUCACCGUUGGACACUACGCCAUCAUCUGGUCCGUCUACCUGGAGAAACAGCUGGAUGAAAUGCUGAGCAAUAAGAGGAAGAAGGAGAAGAAGAAAAAGACGAACUCCAAGCCGUGUGAGGAGCCCAGGGAUCAGGACCGCCCCAAUUGGCAGGACAUCCUUCCUCUGAAGCUCAGCAUCUGGCUCUACCUAUCAAUCAAAUCACUGCCCCAGACCAUCCAGGAAGUGAAGCAGUACUACGAAGACCACAAAGAGAUGAAGAUGAGAGCGAAGCAGGAGGAGGAGGAGAUGGCUGAGCAAGAAUCUGCUCCUCGGGAGAAGCGUCCCAAGGUGAAGAAGGUGAAGGUGGAGUUCCCGGUGUACGAGGCCCCGGCGGCGGACGGCCUGUACCAGGUGUGCCCCACGGCCUCCAUCCAGGAGGUGGAGGACCAGCUGGACGACUGGCUGGACAACCGCAAGAGCAAGAAAAAGGCUCCAGAGUGGUCCGACGAGGACAUCAGCCUCCUCAGCAGGAACAUGGUGAAGUUCCCUGGAGGAACGCCCGGUCGCUGGGAGAAGAUCGCCCACGAGCUGGGAAGAUCCGUCGCUGACGUGACCACAAAAGUAAAGCAAGUCAAAGACUGUGUGACCAACACUACAGGGCUGGUGAAGCUGUCGGAGCUGAAGAGCGGCCAGUCCUCCAAGGCGACCACUGCUGGCUGUGUUGCAGACAGCAUAAUGACCCAGCGGGAUGCCCCGCCCACCACCAGCCCCGGAGAGGAGGAGGGGGAGCAGGAGGGACAGGUCCUCAGGAGGAGGUCCAAAAAGGCUGGAGGUGGAGGAGGAGGUGGAGGAGGAGGUGGAGGAGGAGGAGGUGGAGGAGGCACGAACGGGGAGUCGAGGGUGAAGUCGAGGCGGCAGCGGGACUUUGACCCGACGGCCGUGGAUGAGGAGGAGGAGGAGGAGAAGCAGCAGAAGCGGGAGGAGGCGCAGCAGGAGCCCGAGGAGCAGAAGGAGAGCGUGUGGACGCAGAACCAGCAGAAGCUCCUGGAGACCGCCCUGCAGCAGAUCCCCCGCGGCGCCGCCGAGCGCUGGGACCGCAUCGCCAAGAUGGUGCCGGGCAAGACCAAGGAGGAGUGUAUGAUCCGCUACAAACUGUUAGCGGAGCUGGUGCAGAAGAGGAAGCAGGCCAAGAGCUGACUCCCUGUUUCACCGUCUGAGCGCCUUGCCCCUUCCUGCCACGCCCCUCCCCGACAUCUACAGCCAAUCAAAUAUCAUGGAUUACCUCUGUGAGCUAAUCAGAAAGCUGGAAAACCUCUCUUUAGCCCAGAGGCUUAUGGGUAGUUUCUGUAUGAAACCUUUCACAGGUUGGUGGGGGGAGGGUAGUUGCUGGAACUAUUUUUUAUUUUAGCUGAUCUAAUUAAUGUCCAUCCUAACCCCCACAGGUGUUUUUUAUUUUUUAGUCUAUACUAAUUUGGUCAGCUCCGUUCAUGAAAUAUUCAAAGUAUUGGACAAAAGUUUUUUUGUUUUAUGCCCAAUUCGAUCAUGGAAGAUAAGAAUUAUGUAUAACCGCCCACAUUUGACAUCAGAGGAAAAUGGUCUAAUUACAUCCAAGCUUAAUGUGCCUUAGCCCCGCCCCUACCCCUCACUCAAAGUACGUUGUUCAGCAUUCGUCGUCUCUCGGGAACAUGGCCAUCGGUGACACUAGCUCAACCAUUGUUAUUUCUUUCAUAAAUAUCUUGUUACAACUGCAAAUGGUUUAUUAUGAAUAAAACAGUAUUUAUUUCCUUGAGUUUGUCAUGUUGUUCAUCUGUUGCUGAUGAAACAGUCUGUCCUGCUUGUCAUCUGUGUAGGGUUUGC